AUGUCUUACGGUGCUCAGCAUCAGCAGCAAUAUUCAGCUCCUCCACCUGCUUAUGAAGAAGAAGCACGACAGCCACUAUUUGACGGUGGACAUGCCGAUGAUGACGAUAUGUACAAAGAAACGAUUGCCAACAGUCCAGUUGAAGUGCGAAUGCAGUUCGUACGCAAGGUCUAUUCAAUCCUGUCUGUACAAAUUCUAAGCACAGUGAUUAUGUCGGCCAUCUACAUGUAUAACGAAUCUGCCAAACUAUUUGUUCAAACAAAUGCCUGGAUGCUAUACAUAUCUAUGUUUGGAUCCUUGGGUGUUCUGUUUGCAUUGAUGUGGAAAGCACGCUCAACACCUCUGAACUAUGGUCUCUUGGCUAUAUUUACGUUGCUGGAAGGCCAGUUGGUUGGCACAGUUGUUACAUUUUAUGAUCAAACGAUUGUACUCCAGGCGCUAAUCAUCACAUUCGGCGUGUUUGUUGGGUUGACGCUGUUCACAUUGCAAUCGAAAUGGGAUUUUUCGGGAAUGGGACCAUUCUUGUUUGCCGGGAUCUCGAUUCUGCUACUUGUCUCGAUCGUUCAGAUCUUCUUGCCAUUCUCAGAAGGAUUCCAACUGGCACUCGCCGUUGCCGGCGUGGUCAUAUUCUCGGGCUAUAUUGUGUUUGACACAUACCUUAUCUUCAACCGCUACUCUGCUGAGGAUUAUAUAAUGGCCUCCGUCAGUUUGUAUAUGGAUAUUAUCAACUUGUUCUUGCGCAUCCUGCAAAUUCUCAGUGCAAUGCAGCGGGAUUAA